CUAGAGGUCACAGAAAUCGACCAGACCAAGUUCGGCAAAAUAGCCAUAUUCAAGGAAGGGAACCGACCUUCCACACCAUACGUUCCAGAAGAACAAAUAAAGACACUUUCAUCUCAGAUCAACCAGCUACUCCAAUACUUAAACAAACCACCUAUCGAGUACGCGUACAAAACACCAGACAUUAUAGCAGCAAUGCGCCAAGACUUCUACAAUCUGUCCUGCCAAGUAGAGCACGAGAAAGAAAACCUCCCUGCAGACAUUGUAAAAUUC